CUCGCAUGCAUAGUAUCCUCAUGUUGCGAGAUGUUGACCUCUAAACCAUAGUAUAAAGUGACGAAGGAGCUGCAGUGCGGCAUCAUUCAGCUCAACAGUAGCUCGAACACGAUACCUAAAACAAACAAAAUGUUCAAGCUUUUCAUCUUCGCGUGCUUCCUGGCCGUGUGCGCCGCCAGCCCCAGCCCCAAGGCCGACCCCAAGGCCGACCCCAAGGCUGACCCAGCCCUCAUCGCGCCUGUAGCAUACACGGCCGCCUACACCGCGCCCGUCGCCUACUCCGCCGCCUACACGGCCCCCGUCGCCUACUCCGCUGCCUACACCGCGCCCCUCGCCUACUCCCCGUACUACGCGUCUCCCUACGCAGCGUACUACCUGCGAUGAAACGUAUAAUGACGAAUGACAUAUCACCACCGAAUAGUAGCAAAAUAUUUUAAUAUACGAGCAAUUCAAA